AUGAGCGACGGACAAGGUUAUGAAGAGUACGUCUUCUAUCGUUACACGCCAACACUUGCAGGUGCGGUAGUUUUCGUACUCCUAUUCGGGUGCACGACCAUCUAUCACGGAUGGCAAGCAUUUCGCAAGCGAUCGUGGUUCAUGAUUCCAAUCAUCAUCGGCGGAAUCUUCGAAACUAUUGGUUACAUCGGACGCGCGCUCUCCCAUAGUGAUCGGGAAGCACUUGGACCCCACGUUAUACAAACACUACUCCUCCUCCUUGGACCCGCCCUCUUCGCUGCAAGCAUCUACAUGAUCUUAGGUCGCAUCAUCCUGCUAACGGAUGGUGAGCGUUAUUCGCUCAUACGGCGCACAUGGCUUACGAAAAUCUUUGUUGGUGGAGACGUGCUCUCGUUCUUCACACAAUCUGGAGGUGGCGGAAUCAUGAGCGGUGCAGACAAGGACAACCCGGACAAUAUGAAGAUUGGGGAGAAGGUUAUUAUCGUGGGGUUGUGCAUACAGGUCAUCUUCUUUGGAUUCUUCGUAUUCACAUCCUUCAUGUUCCAAAAGCGCGGACGUGAACAUUUGCUGGCAUUGGAUGGAUCAGUGCCAUGGAGGAAGCAUCUAUAUGUGCUCUAUGGCACGUCGGUCUUAAUUUUAGUCAGGUCCGUUUUCCGAGUUGCUGAAUAUGCGCAGGGUAAUAAAGGGUACCUACUACGACAUGAGGCAUUUCUUUACGUCUUCGAUGCGAUACUGAUGCUCAGUGUCAUGUUGUGGCUGAACAUUGUUCAUCCAGGAGCAAUUACCGAGCUAUUAAAGGAAAAAGGAAGGGCCGGCAGAUUGGAGAGGCAGUACGACUUAGAUCUCCUUAAUCACAAUGGAAAUUCCAAUGUCUAG